AUGACGACAAGCUCUUCCCGCUGUACGGCGCCCUCGGCGCGCAGUUCUAGAUCACCCGACAUCGUCCUGAGGGGGUCAAAAAGUUGUGUAGGAGGCUUGGACAGCAACAAUCCCGAGAAUCUCAACCACCCGUACGACAAGACCGACAGUAGACCCGCUAUGCCCUACACGAUAGGCGCCACAUUCACUGCUUAUCGUCACGUACCACCUGCGCCUUUCGGUAAUGGUUACGACACCCCCUGGCCGCCUUUCAAAGCAGGCCACUCCAGACUGCCGCAGCUCAACUACUGCCUUAUCCGACCGCCAAUCGAGGGAUGCACGCUCGAAGAGUCCCACACGCUGACCAUCACCGACAUAAUACGUACCGGCUCUAUAUACGGUGCACAAGUCGUCUUGGUCAACGGGGGUGUGGUAGCAAAGAUAUACGACCCGCUUUACGAUGACGAAUUUGACGUCUGGGAAAACAAGCGCGAUGUCGUUGUGCUAUCAGACGGAGAUUACUCGCGGGAAGCCGCCGCGUACGAUGAACUGCGACGAGAUCUCAAGGCGCAGCGCGUUAUACCAGAGUACUAUGGUAGCUGGACCAUUGACGCACAUACGAGAGUGGACGGCCAGACCUAUACAAGACAUGUUCGGCUCAUACUUAUGGAACACAUAGCUGGCACCAUUAUGACCGAUAUACAGCCUCUACUGCUUCCUGCAGAAACACGCUCAUCGAUCAUGAAGAAAGUCGUAGAAGCCGAGUCUCUCAUCUUCGCCGCGGGUGUUGUACACCGCGAUAUCGCGCCUCGCAACGUCAUGCUCGUCUCUUCAUCCCCGACCUUUUCCCUAGACGAUCCAAACCUUCGCGUUGUCAUCAUCGACUUCAACGUCUCCGAUGUCGCCCGGUUAAGCGCACCUGAUGUCGGCAAUUCGACCUCUGGAUACAUAGAACAGCAAUGGCCUGACAAGAUAAUGGGCCCCGUGACGAGGUUCUGGAAUGCGAUGGGCGAUUUUGCGUUCAAGGGGUGGGUUAGUAGUAAGGCGAAGACGACGAAUGAGUGGCUGUGGGAGUGUUUUGGGGAGAGGGAGGAGUAUGUUCCGCUUGUUCGGAAUUCGAGCGAUGAGGAGGCGUGCCCUAAGAUUGACUGGCGCGGGAAGUUGGAUGAGGGAGACAAUGGAGAUCAAAUCACUCUGACUAUAACCGACGUCAUCCGAGGUGGUUUCAACAAAGGCGCGCAACUUGUGGUAAUUGACAAAACCGUGAUAACCAAAGUCUUCGAUCCGCUAUAUUAUAGGAACUGCAAUGAGUACGGCCGAGUUGACGUUGUGUAUGAUGCAGAUAGCGAUUACAGUCGCGAAGCUAUCGCCUACGAACAGCUGCAGAAGUCAUCCGCGGCGAAAGAAGUCACGCCUGCGUUCUACGGCACUUGGACCAUCGACGUGAAUACUCUACUCCGCAGCGGAAAGCAAUACAAGAAGCAUACACGUGAAGUACCUCUGAUUCUGAUGGAGUACAUACGUGGCGAGACUAUGCCCAACAUCGACGUCCAAAAUUUGCCGGAGCAGACAAGGUCCUAUCUUCUUCUAAAGAGGAUUCUGGGAGUCGAUAUGAUCAUACUUCACGCAGGUAUCGACAACAGUGAUUACUUUCCUCGCAACAUUAUGGUCACCGGCCUUCCGGCUCAGUCGGUAGGCGAAGCACUGGACGGCUUGGACGUUAAAGCGAUCGAUUUCAACCUUGCUAUUGUCCGUCGUCAUCCGGGAUCCCACAACUAUGAAAUGAAACGCGAGAUCGACGAAGAACGUGAAGCAUGGUUUCCCAAGCUUCUACCGCCGAUGGUUCGAUGGUACGGUAGUAUCCAAAAAUUCUCGACAUAUGGUUGGUGCCCUGAUGGAGAAGGAGAACCCGAACUAUGGCUACGGGAGCAGUAUCGUGACGAUGAGCGCUAUAUUCCCGUCAUUUGGGACCCGUCUAAGUUCAAUGUUUGGCCAAAGCUCGUUGCGCUCGAAAGCGGUUCUGAGACAAGCGUGGAUUCAGGUUUUGGUUUGACAUGGUAG